AUGUCCAUCGAGGAGACAGCUUGCGAAGAACAUUUUGCUGCAACCACCACCAGAGACAAAACUGGUCGUUUCGUAGUAGCGUUGCCGAAGAAGCCAGAAGUUUUGAGUCAGCUUGGAAGGUCCUACGAGGUAGCCAAGCGUCGUCUGCUAUCGCUGAGUCGCCGUCUCGAAGCGAACCCGGCUCUUAAGUCAGCCUACUCGAAAUUCAUCAAGGAGUAUUUGGAUCUAGGCCACAUGGAGGAAGUUCCUUUUGAUAUGUCGAGGUCAUCAGCAGCCUACUUCCUUCCGCAUCAUUGCGUAGUCCGUCCGGAUAGCAUUACGACCAAACUCCGGGUCGUUUUUGAUGCGUCUUGCGUCACAGAUACCGGGGUAUCCCUAAAUGACGCCUUGAUGGUGGGGCCAGUGGUUCAGGAGGACCUAGUUUGCAUUACUAUGCGUUUCCGAAUGCCGAAGUUUGCCAUCAUCUCCGACAUUGAAAAAAUGUACCGGCAAAUUUGGAUGGAUACAGUUGACCGCCCCCUCCAGCAGAUCCUGUGGCAAGACAAGCCUGGUGACCCGGUUAGAAUAUUCCAACUCAAGACAGUGACAUACGGGACAUCUUCUGCACCAUAUCUGGCCACAAAAUGCCUCCAGGUGUUGGCCAAACAAGGGCAAUCAUCGCAUCCAGCCGCUGCAGUAGUUCUUGCAAAUGAUUUCUACAUGGACGAUAUGAUAAGCGGAGUCCACAAUGUUGACGAGGGGAAAGUCAUAUGCGCUCAACUCCUUGAGCUUCUGCAAUCCGCCGGGCUCAGUCUUCGUAAAUGGUCGUCGAAUUCUCCCGAAAUUCUGGAAAGUAUUCCAUUCGACCUCCGAGACGUACGUUCCGUACUCGAUCUUGAUUCUUCCGCCUCUGUCAAAACCCUAGGCCUAAAAUGGACACCCUCAACGGACGAACUAGGAUUUCAUGUACCUAAGUGGAAUGAAGAGUGUGUCGUCACAAAACGCAUAGCGCUUUCAGAUUCCGCUCGUCUAUACGAUCCCCUAGGGCUCGUAGGUCCUGUCAUCGUACUCGCUAAGUGUUUCAUGCAGGAGCUUUGGGAGUACAAAAAGUCUUGGGAUGAACCAUUAGAAGACGAUCUCCGAAAUCGUUGGCUCCAGUUUAGGGGCGAACUAGCUGCAGUUGAUUCCAUUUCCGUCCCAAGAUGGGUUAUUCCAAUCUCCCAACCAAUUCUUCUUGAGGCGUCCAUGCUUGCACUCGUGCUGACGCUCCUGUGA